UUCUUCCCCAACAAAGCAACCAGAUUUAAAAGAUCUCGUAAGCAAUCAAAUUCGCUGCUAUUUCGUCACGAUUGGACACUAAUUACUUUCUUCUUCUUUUUUCUGGUCAGAACAUUAAAUCAUUUGUCCUUAUAGAAAGGAAGAGAAAUGGCCAUGAUUCCAAGUUUCUUUGGCAACCGAAGGAACAGCAUCUUCGGUAAUCCCUUCUCCUUUGACGUAUUAGAUCCUUUUAGAGGCUUCCCUUUGUCUUCUUCAUCACUCGCCACCACGCGUAUCCCAGAAACCGCUGCUUUUGCCAACACCAUAAUCGACUGGAAGGAAACUCCGGAAGCGCACGUCUUCAAAGCCGACCUCCCAGGGCUUAAAAAAGAGGACGUGAAAGUGGAGAUUGAAGAUGACAGGAUGCUUCAAAUCAGCGGAGAAAGGAAAAUAGAGAAGGAAGACAAGAAUGAUGCUUGGCAUCGGAUUGAACGUAGCAGUGGGAAGUUCAUGAGGAGGUUUCGGUUGCCUGAAAAUGUGAAGAUGGAGCAGGUGAAAGCUUCCAUGGAAAACGGGGUCCUUACUGUUACUGUUCCCAAGCAGGAAGUGAAGAAACCUGAUCUCAAAUCCAUUGAAGUUUCGUGAAACGUAUGCAACUAUACAUAUGUAAUAUUAUAUUGCCCAUUUACAGCUUUGAGGUUUUACACAAUAGUUAAAAGGAAAUAAAAUCUUGGUGCAACCCAGAUAUUGCAUUCAUUUUUUCAA